AAAACCCAUUUCCCAGUUUUUUGUUUUGUGUUUCUUUUUUUAAUAAACCGCCCAUUUGUUUUUUUAAAAGAAUUUGCAUGCACAAUUUGAUUUUUUUAAUAUAUAUAUAAGGUGUUUGACCUACCUACUUGUUCUACAUGUCGGCUUGUCUUUUUGUUUCGUGAAUUAUAAGCAAGACAAAAUUAUUUGAUCCCUUAUGUUAUCUUAUUCUUUUAAUCAUACCCAAUAAUCAAUCCUUUGAGAAAAAAAAAACACACUAUGAAAUGAAGUGAUUUUGAUGGUAUUUUUGUUCAGCAUCUAAAACCCUAAUCUCAUUUCCAACAUUCCAAAUAAGAUUGUAUAUGCAUUUUGCCAAUUUGAGGAUGCGAUUGAAUUAAGGGAGUGAUUGUUUCGAGUAGACGAAAUGUCGAAAAACACGGCCACACCAAGUGUGAUUGCAAGAUUAAUGGGUCUUGAUGAACUGCAAUCUCAGCAAGCUGUCAAUAAGGAGAGGAAGCAACAAAGAGUGCUCUCGGAGAAUUAUCUGCGUAAAGUUGCUUCGAUAGGUGCUUGGGAGAAACGGUUGUUUAAUGAACGGCGUUCGUUUCGGUUUAGCAUUGAAGAGCAAAAGGAGUUCAAGGUUGCAUUUGAAGUAAUAGAGUCAUUGGACUUAAGAUCGUCUCGGGAACAAAGGCAUAUCAAAGGACCAAAUUGUUUCGAGAAAUCGGAUUAUAUGAUUACCGGUCAAGAAGGUGUCCCUUCUCAAGAAAAUCCUAAGCUGUUUCAAGAACUCGAGAAUGGCUUCGUGAAUGAUUCCCGAAGGGAAUAUGGUACUUCUAUGUUUCCUAGAUUUCAUCUGGAAUCGAGCAACGAAAGAUGGCCUUCCUCUAGAAAAAUUGUCAUUUUGAAACCAAAGUCCGGAGAGGCCGAGACUGAUAAGAGCAACAAAGGGUUCCUUGGUCGCAGAAAAGGAAAUUUGUAUACUCAAGUUAAGGAGAGGAAGAACUUUCCCGAUGAUGUGAAAUCCACAGGGUGUAGGUCUAUCCAUUCCUCUGAAACUGAAGUUUCUUUCGAGCCACCGAGGUUAGGAUUCAGUGAUGCUCAAGGUCUUACAAAUGAGCCAGAGCUCAUGAUGGUUUCUUCCCGAAGUAACUCUGAUAUGAACAACUGGUACAAGCCCUUAUGUCACGACUUAGAUGGAUCAUAUGUGGCUCAGGAAGCAAAGAAGCAAAUCUCGGAAAGAUGGAGGAUGAAUAAAGAGUUUCGGGAAAAUGGACCCUCUUUUGGGGGUAGAGGCAGAAGCAGAACUCUUGGUGAAAUGCUCUUAUUGUCUGACCAUGCUAAACGUGCAAACUUUCGUGGUCCUUUAGGUAUUAGCAGUAGAGAUGGCUGGAAAAACAGGGGCAACGGAGACUUAAUAAAGUCGAGAUCUCAAGUGUAUUCUACAUCUGUUAGAAGUCCUACAAUCAGGACUACUCCAAAAGCUUUCCAUGUUGAUUCGUAUAUGACAAUGAGGCCGGUGUUUCCUUGGUCAAGAAGAAAGUGGGUUAAGCAAGGUUCCAACGGGAAAGAUUGUCCGAAACAAAGAAACUCAGGACCCAAAUGCAAGCAGUAUCCAUCUAGUCCAGACAGAGAAUCACAAAAGAAUCACUUGCCCGAAGACAAACCUCUUAUCAAUAAUAAAUACGAGGAGAACGACCUCGAGAAGCUGGAUCCUGAGUCAUUAAAGCGUGGUAUCGUUCACUCUGGUUCUGAAAAUGAAAUCAUCCCAAUCGAUCAAUGGAACAACAUCAAAGGUAGGAAAAUGUCUACUGAGGAUUAUCCCGAGUCAUCAACGUACUCGCCUGCAUCUCGAACCAUUGUCCCUGAUGUGGUGGUUGUAGUAGAAACUACAGAUGCUGGCAAGUCUACCCAAGAUAAUAAUGAGCACCGGUUUGAACCAAUGGACUGUACUAUCUCCGAUAGAGAUCACGAUUCUUCUUUUGGAAUCCCCGACACUUGGAAUCAACAGGAAGAUAUAUCGAUGAAGAUAUCCGAACAGUACGGCACCGACCCUGACUUUCUCGUGAACUUGGAAGCAGCUAAUCAGCCCAGUCCAGUUUCGGUUUUGGAAGCACCAUUCAUGGAAGGGAAUUUAUUGAGCUCUAAAUGCUUUCUGAGUGUCACUGCUAGCUUAAAUGAUGUGAAGCGGCAACUCGAAUUUCUAAAAUCGGAGUCAAUUGAAGACUACUCAGAAGGACCGGGAAUGGUUGUUUCAAGUGACGACGAAACUGAUCCAACAGAAGACUCUUUAAAGGAAUGUGAUGUAAAUGAAUACUCGACAAAGUCAUUCAGAAUAGCAGAGAGCAGGGAUUUCUCCUAUUUAGUCGAUGUCUUGACUGAGGCAGGCUUUCAUACUAGAAACCCCGAUAUACUCAACGGAUGGCACUCUGCUGAAACCCCAAUAAGCCUCUCGGUUUUCGAGACAUUAGAGAAGAAGUACGGUGAACAAAUAUCUUGGAAAAGGUCAGCAAGGAGGCUACUGUUCGACCGCAUAAAUUUGGGUUUAAUCGAAAUCCUCCAGCCAUGCUUAGGAGACCCUAUGUGGACAAAACCUGUUGCAAGAAGACUUAUUAGCUACGCACAGAACUUGAAAGAAAUUGAGGAAGAGCUGUACAUGUUAUUGGUUAGCCAAGAAAAUGAAGCGAAAACGAACUCAUCUGAGAAAGUAUUCGGAAAAGACGAUGGAUGGUUAUCCUUAGGAUAUUAUAUUGAAGCAAUUGGUAGAGAAAUAGAGAAUUCAUUGAUUGAUGAGCUAGCAGCAGAGAUUGUUAGCCUAUAGAGUUUUUUUUUUUUCUCAUGGUUUUGGCAGAUAUAUUUACAUGCAUCAUCAAAACCAAAAGUGAAUCCUUUUUUUUUUCUUUCAUUUUUUUUUUCGGAUUUUUUUGCAUUCUAAUGUUGCAUUAGCGUGAGAAAGUGAGUGAGUGAGAGAUAUAUGUAGGGAAAAUUUUUUAUCAAUGUCAGCCAUGUUAAUGUAUUGAAAAAGAUACAUACAUACAUAACAUGGUUCAUUCUUUGCAUUGGUGUGAAAACUCUUAUAUAUGUAUGGAUGCAUUUGUUGGGAUGAUGGCAUAUACCAUGAUGCCUUAUUAUUGUAGGUUUUGUUUCAAAAAGAAAUGAAAUGAAAAAAGAAAGCCGAUUCUAUGUA